UUUACCUAAAUAGUUUGAGGGUAGUUCGACUAAUAUUCAUUGCAUUUACGAAAACCUGUUUCGACAAUCGUAAAUUAUAAAAUGAAAAUAUUGAACGUGAGAUUAAUAAAAAAAAUCGUAAUUAUACCAACGACCGGCCAAUGAAAAUCGGUUGUGAGAGGAAUUAAGUGAGAUGACACAGCAAGAUUCUGUGACCGUGGCCGAGAAUUCCACGCAGCAGGUAGACGGUGUUCAAGUCGUGGAAAAUGCUGAGGAACCAGGGCUGUUGGAGUCACCGCAGAAAAUGCUCAUUAGGCCAGUUUCCGUACAAGGCGUGAUGGAGCACUCCCUGCAGCAUCGCGAGCGGGUCGGAGUCCAAGACUUCGUUUUGCUGGAGGACUACCGAUCCGAAGCGGCCUUCAUUGACAAUUUGAAGAAACGUUUCCAUGAAAACAUUAUUUAUACUUACAUCGGUAAUGUACUGAUCUCGGUGAAUCCGUACAAGAAUCUACCGAUUUACACUGAAGAGAAAACCAAACUUUACUUCAAGAAAGCAUUCUUUGAGGCACCGCCGCACGUUUUCGCGAUCGCCGACAACGCUUAUCGGUCUUUGGUUUACGAGCACAGAGAGCAAUGUAUUUUGAUCUCAGGCGAAUCCGGCUCGGGCAAAACGGAAGCGUCGAAGAAAGUUCUGGAAUACAUAGCCGCCAGAACGAACCACCUCCGGAACGUGGAAAACGUGAAAGAUAAGCUGUUACAAAGCAACCCGCUGCUCGAAGCGUUCGGUAACGCGAAGACGCACCGCAACGACAAUUCCAGUCGCUUCGGCAAAUACAUGGACAUCCAGUUCAACUACGAAGGCGGGCCCGAAGGUGGUCACAUCCUGAACUAUCUGCUGGAAAAGUCCAGGGUCGUCAGUCAGAUGCAUGGCGAGAGGAACUUCCACAUAUUCUAUCAGCUACUAGCUAGCAGCGAUCAGUCACUGAUGACUCAUUUGAAGCUUCAAGGAAGACCUGAAGCUUAUAAGUACACUUCCGAUUCGACCUCGCACAUGAGUCAGAGAGCGAACGACCAGGAACAGUUCCGUGUCGUACAAGAGGCCAUGAAGGUCAUAGAAAUCGGCGAGAGUGAACAGCGGGAGAUCUUUGAGAUCGUGGCCAGCGUCCUGCACCUCGGCAACGUGAAGUUCGUCCAGAAUGACAAGGGCUAUGCCGAGAUCCUGUCCCACGACGCCAACAGUGGGAAUGCUGCUGAUCUCCUAAAAGUGAACGCGACGGCAUUACGCGAGGCCCUGACCAAUAGGACGAUAGAGGCCCGCGGCGACGUCGUCAGCACACCCCUGGACGUGGAACAGGCUCAAUACGCUAGAGACGCUCUGGCUAAAGCUAUAUACGACAAGCACUUCAGCUGGCUGGUCUCCAGGCUAAACUCGUCGCUUGCGCCCAUCGAGAAGGACGCUAAAUCUUCUGUUAUAGGAAUCUUGGAUAUCUACGGCUUUGAGAUAUUCCCUAAGAACAGCUUCGAGCAGUUCUGCAUAAACUUCUGUAACGAGAAGCUCCAGCAGCUGUUCAUCCAGCUCACGCUGCGGCAGGAGCAGGAGGAGUACCUGCGGGAAGGCAUCGAGUGGGAGCCGGUCGAGUACUUCAACAAUAUCAUCAUUUGCGACCUUAUCGAAGCCAGGCAUAAGGGUAUAAUAUCAAUACUGGACGACGAGUGCCUUCGUCCCGGGGACGCGACAGACGCGAGUUUCCUCGACAAGCUGAACCAGCAUCUGGACGGCCACCAGCACUACAAGUCCCACCGCAAAUCCGACACCAAGACCCAGAAGCUGAUGGGCCGUGAUGAGUUCUGCCUGGUCCACUACGCCGGCGAAGUGACUUACAACGUGAACACCUUCUUGGAGAAGAACAACGAUCUCCUCUUCCGCGACAUCCAGAGCCUGAUGGCGUCCAGCGACAACACCAUCGUCGGCUGCUGCUUCAAGGACUACAACUUGAGGAGCAAGAAACGUCCGGAGACCGCCAUCACUCAGUUCAAGAAUUCUCUGAACGACCUCAUCAAGAUCCUCAGCAGCAAGGAGCCCUCGUACAUCCGCUGCAUCAAGCCCAACGACUUCAAGGCGCCGAUGCAAUUCGACGACAAGCUGGUCUCCCACCAGGUGAAGUAUCUCGGUCUGAUGGAGAACCUCAGGGUGCGGCGCGCCGGCUUCGCUUACAGGAGGACUUACGAAGCGUUCUUGGAAAGGUACAAGUGCCUGAGCGCGGAGACGUGGCCCAACUACCGCGGCGCCGCGCGGGACGGCGUGCAGCGGCUGGUGGAGGCCCUCCAGUACGAGAAAGAGGAAUACAGGAUGGGGAAUACGAAAAUCUUCGUUCGAUUCCCGAAGACGCUCUUCGCAACGGAAGACGCCUUCCAGAUAAAGAAGAACGACAUAGCCACCAUCAUCCAGAGCAGGUGGCGAGGUUACUACCUCAGGAAGAGGUACCUCCGAAUGCGGAACGCGGCCAUCGUCAUCCAGAAGUGGGUGAGGAGGUUCCUGGCCCAAAGACUCAGGGAGAGGAGGAGGAAAGCCGCUGACGUCAUCAGAGCUUUUAUUAAAGGCUUCAUCACUCGCAACGGUCCGGAGACGCCAGAAAACCGGCGAUUCCUCGGCGUCGCCAAGGUGCACUGGCUGAAGCGUCUCUCGGCGCAGCUCCCAACCAAGCUGCUGGACCUGUCGUGGCCGCCGUGCCCCUCCACCUGCCGAGAGGCCUCCGAGGAGCUCCAUCGCCUGCACCGGGCCCACCUCGCCAGGAAGUACAGGCUGGCCUUGUCUCCUGACGAUAAGAAGCAGUUUGAGCUGAAGGUCUUGGCCGAAAAAAUAUUUAAGGGUAAAAAGAACAGCUACCUCAGCAGCGUCGGGGAGAGGUUCGUGAACGACCGCAUGAGUCCCGAGCACAGGACCUUGAGGGACACCUUCAUGGCGUCGCCGGCCUGGCCGAGCGGCGAGGAACUCAUCUACUCGUGCGAGGCGGUGAAGUACGACCGGCGCGGCUACAAGGCCCGCGCGCGCGGCCUGCUGGCGUCCCGCGCGGCGCUGUACGUGCUGGACGCGGGCGGGCGCCGCACGUUCCGGCUCAAGCACCGGCUGCCGCUGGACCGCCUCACCGUCGUCGUCACCAACGAGUCCGACUCGCUGCUGCUGGUCAAGGUGCCGCGCGACCUCAAGAAGGACAAGGGAGAUCUGAUCAUAUCCGUGACGCAUCUCAUCGAGGCCCUGACCAUCGUGACGGACUACACCAAGAAGCCGGAGCUCAUUGAGAUAGUCGACACCAGGACCAUCGCGCACUCCCUGGUCAACGGCAAGCAGGGGGGUACCAUCGAGGUGACGAAGGGCACCCAGCCCGCCAUACAACGCGCCAAGAGCGGGAACCUGCUCGUGGUUGCGACUCCUUAGAAGACAGCGUAGCAAUCGACAACUCUUCGAUAACAAAACUUGAAAACAACGAAAAUAAAUACAAUUUUAUAACGUGAAAGUAAUAUUAUCAUUUAAUUAUUAAUUUAAAUAUGGCGAUUCAAUUAUUUUUGUAAAACUAUCAUUGAAUUUUAAUGCAGAGUUAAUCUUUUUUGUUUGUAUUAAAAUUAUAUAAUUAUAAGCUUAUAAAAUAAUAAUUAUGAAACAUUAUAUAAUUUGGAUUGAAUUGUAUUAAAUUAUUAUUUCAUUAUUUAAUUUUAAGUUCAUUGAUUUGUUUACAUUGUGGUUUCAAACACACAACCUUUAUAUUUUUAUUUAAUGAAUCGUACAAAGUACUUAGGUCUCUUGUUUAGAACAUUUCAAAAUAAAUAUUGUGAUUUUGUUUGUUUAAUCUAGUUUAAAAUAGUAAAGUUUGUAUUGUACGUAUUGUAAAGUACGCUGAAUCGAUGGUGCCUAAAAGUUAAUGAAAUGUUAGAAUCGAGGAUAAUCGAUACUGAUUCUAAAUAUUAUGUUAAUUCUGGAGGAAAAUGGCCAAAGCAGUGUUUUGGCGGGAAACGGUUUCACGAGACCUCAACUAAUUGAUAUGUCUGUUAGUAAAAUUACAUGUCAAACAAUUAGACUAAUUAACCAUUUGAGAAUUUACUAUCCGGUCGUCGCUUUGGUAAACAUUAUCUUGUUUCAUCCGAUAUCUAGCAGCUAGGUAUUUCGAGCUAUCAAACUGUGCAAGUUAGUGCGAUCACUAAAUAACAUUUAACUUGAGCGUUUUUUUUAUUUAAUUUUUCAAAAUUUCGACAGCGUGACAUGUCUUUUCCCGCGCGAAUAGAUAAAUUUGACAAUGCUGAGAUUCUGUAAACAAUGUCAAUUGUCAAACGUUUCUAUCAUUUUUAUCAAAGAUUUGUACACAUCUGUUGUAAACAGAUUAUGCAAAUUUCUUUAUUUUAAACAAUUGUGUAAAUCGUGUUUGUGUUAUAAAUUCGGACUACAGACAUACAACUAAACGUGAUUUUUUUUGUGAAGUAUAUUUGUGGUACAAAAACUGUUUUACUCAAUAUGUCUUGUACGUUGCUGUGUACAAAUUUUUCCUUAAGUUUCCAGAAAAUUCAGACGGUAGUUUAAAUUUUGUUAUUAAGAUUAUUUUUUUACAUUCAAUGCUGCAAAUAUCGACCAAAAUACCAUUACUACCAUCUCAAUGCGUACACAUAUUACCAGCCAUGUAACUCCAGAGGCCAUAUGAAAUAAACGAAAGAUAGGCGCGUACGUGCCUUAUUGUAUUGUAAGCCAGUUCCUUUGUAGUCAUUUUUAUAAUUAAAUUUAUUUUUGAAAUAA